GUUGACAGCUAAACCAAGUGAAAGUUUUGUUUUCGUCUUUCACUUUCUUCCUUCUCGCAACGUCUCGAAAAUAUAUUUCGAAACGUCGGGAGUGAUAAAUAAUUUUUAAAUAAAUUUUUUAUAAGAAUAUAUAACUACUGAUUUACCCUCGUUCAGCGAAUAUGACUGACGUUUUUGACUUAGAGCUACACGAGUCAUAUAUCUAUGACGAAGAUACAGAGGAUGAUGAAUUUGAAGAUGAUGGACAGAAGAUGUCUGAUGAUUACCUAAAUUCUUCCCUUGAGUCUGAAGAUAUAGAAAGUGUUACCAUAACAGAUCUUGAAAUUGAUUCUAGCACAAAGAAAGCAGGAGUCAAGGAUUUUGAACUUCUUAAAGUUUUAGGAAAAGGUGGAUAUGGAAAGGUAUUUCAAGUUCGAAAAAUAAGUGGUAAGGAUUCUGGCAAGAUAUUUGCCAUGAAAGUAUUAAAGAAGGCAAAAAUUGUGAGAAACAAAAAAGAUACAGCUCAUACAAAAGCCGAGAGAAACAUUUUGGAAGCAGUUAAGCACCCAUUUAUUGUGGAUCUUCACUAUGCCUUUCAAACUCCAGAAAAGUUAUACCUGAUUUUGGAAUACUUAAGUGGGGGCGAAUUAUUUAUGCAUCUAGAAAGAGAAGUUAUGCUGCUGGAAGACACAGCCUGCUUCUAUUUGACUGAAAUAUUGUUGGCAUUAGAGCAUUUACAUAAAGAAGGUAUUAUUUAUAGAGAUUUGAAGCCAGAGAAUAUUUUACUAGAUAAUUUAGGGCAUAUAAAGUUGACCGACUUUGGCUUAUGCAAAGAGUCCAUACUUGAUGGUUCUAUAACUCACACUUUUUGUGGAACUAUCGAAUACAUGGCACCUGAAAUAUUAGCUCAAGUUGGACAUGGUAGAGCUGUUGAUUGGUGGAGUUUUGGAGCUCUUAUGUAUGAUAUGUUAACUGGUUCUCCUCCAUUUCAAGCAGAAAAUAGAAAGAAGACCAUUGAAAAGAUAAUGAAGCAUAAACUUAUGUUUCCACAUUAUGUGACUAAUGAAUCAAGAGAUUUGAUUAGAAGACUCUUAAAACGACAAGUUAGUCAAAGACUUGGAAGUGGACCUGAAGAUGCUGCUCAAAUUAAAUGCCAUCCAUUCUUUAGAAAUGUUAACUGGGAUGAUGUUUUAGCUAAAAAGUUGCAACCACCUUACGUACCAGAACUGAUAAGUGAAGAUGAUGUUUCCCAAUUUGAUCCAAAAUUUACUAGUAUUGCUCCAUAUGAUAGUCCUGACAAUACUACUUUGAGUGAAAGCCAAAAUCAAUAUUUUAAUGGUUUUACUUACAUUGCACCUUCUGUCCUGGAAGAGAUGAGAAGAUCACCUAUGAAAUUUGGUAUUUGUCCAUUUAGUCCCCGAAGAGUGUCACCACACCAAAAUAAUGAUCUACAAACUUCACCAAUGCAAGUAGAAGAAAUUGUGCUACCUGUUAAUACUCAAAAUGAUGAAUCUGAAUUGCCAAGAUCCCCAGCAAUUCCUGUUAGAAAAGAGCACAGAAAUCCACACAAUUCAAAUAGGUAGUUCUCUGUACCUGUUAUAGAAUUAAUAAAUCAGCUAAGAGAAAUCAGAAUUUCUAUGGAUACGUUUAUGUAUCAAGAACUUAUCUUUCUGACUGGGCUGUAACUUUACUACAUUGAUAAAUUUGUACAUCCAAAUAUGUUUAUAUGAUUGCUGUAAUGGAAGUCUUGUACAGUCAAAUAAUGUUCCCAAAGUGAAAUCUAAUCAAACACAUUUAUGUCAGAAAUAUACAAUUUAUAUUUUUUGGUUGCCUGUAGAUUUUUGUUCAACUUUGGAAAAAUGUGUUACUUUUUUCAUUCGGGCAUUUUUCUUAUCAGCUUUAUCUUGUUUGUUACAGGUCAGUUGUAUGAUUUUUAAUAAGUAAUGUGCUCAAUUGAAAAUAUUAAUUAUGAUUAGAAAACAAAGAAUUUUCUAUUGAGCUAAUUUUCUUAAAGCAAUUUUCUUUAGUAUAUGCAUGCAUGCAUAAUUUAUUUAAAAUAUGCUAGUGUCUGUUCCAAAUUUUAAAAUAUUGACAUUCUGUUAACUUGUAUUAAAAUAUUGAUGAAUGUUAAAUAGAUUGAUGAAUAGAUUAAUUUAUCUAAAUGUUAAUUAAAAUACUUUUGCUUUAUUCAGUUUAAUUCUUUAGAUAAGUACUUAUAUAAAUCUUUUAAAUAUUAGCAUGCCUAACAAAGUUAGUUGCUCUUUCUCAUUUCUUGGUUGCAUUUGAUUUCUUGUUGCUGAUUUAUUAAAAUAUUGAUGACCUUAGAGAAAUACUGAGGACUUAUUCUCUUAAUUUUUAGAAGGGAACGAUACAUAAUUUCAAUAUAAUGGACAGUACUUGAAUUUUGCUUAUUUUAAUUUCAAAUAUUUCAGAAGACUGCUGCUAACAUAUAUUUUCUUUUAUUAGUUUGAGUGUUUUGGAUUCAGAGAUGUAAAAAUCUAGAUUGAGAUAUAUUGAUUCAUUUUACUGAUUUUAGUGGUUUUGGGAUUUAAUUAAAUUUGUUUAAACCAUAUUCUCAUGCUUUCCCCCACCUUUAUCAUUUUGUUAAAAUGCUCUUGUUGGAAUCUCUUUCAUUUUGAUAAUCAAAUUAGUGUUAUCUUCAGCUUUUUUUUCUUCAUAUUGUGUAAUCAUUACUUAACAACUUAUAACUUGGACUUAAGCUUUCAUAUUGUUGCUGCUUUUUAAAAUAUGUUUUAGCAAGGCUAUAUAAGCAUAACUAUAUAAUUGCUCAUUAUAGUGCUAAUAAUAUUGACUGACUUAAUGGAAUUAUUUGUUGUCACGAUUUUUCGAAUUUUAUAAUGAGUAAAAUUGUUUUAAUGCUUUUUACUUUUUUUUGUAGAACAGUGUUUUUGUUGAAUUUUUUUAUACUUUAAAUAUUUUAUUCUUCUAAUUGCAGGGUGCAAUGAAAAUAACCUAAUUUUAAAGUCCCAUAAGACAUGGCAUAUUGUGCAAAACAUAAAAGAAAACAAUUAGUGUACAUAAUCAGCAGUAUAUGCAGUUUCAAAAUCUUUCUCCUAAAAAAAUUAUUUUACUGUUUCAGUUGAUAAAUAUGCUAAAUUUUCUAUCAGUGACUUUUGAUACAAAAUUAUUUUUUUUAGAAUUUGCCUACUUUACUAUUCUAAUUGCAUUCAAAAUCGGUUAUGUUUAUCACAAAUUUCUUUAUUUUUCGCCAUGUACAUUUUAUGUUUGGGGGAUUUGAAACAAGUUAUUUUAUUUGUACCAUGUACAUUUUUGUUAAUAUUUUGAUAAAUAAAUGUUAACAAAAUGCUGAUAAAAUAUGUUGCUAUUAUUUUUGCUUUGAAUCAUUAAAUUUUGAAUUUUUAUUUUAUUAGUAUUAUUUAAGAUUUUAGUUGCUAUGUGAGCAGCUGUAGUCAUGUGUAUAUAGUUUUUGCCACUUAAAUGAUUAUUUUUGAUUUUGUAAGCAGUUGAAGUGAUUUCUGUUGUGAUGUUUGUGUUAUUUAUUUUUUUAAAUUUUUAAAGAGCAUUUUUAUAUGUACAUUUUGUAAAGUGUUGAGUGUUUGUAAAUAGAUAAGAUGGUUUAUGUACAGUUAGUUUGUUGCAAUUUAUUGUCAAAGUAUUUAAUGUAGCUUUCAAAUUAUUUUAACAACACAGCAUCAGGAAUAUGAUCUUAAAAAAACCCCAUUUCAAUAGCAGUAAAAUAAUUUUAUCACACGUGGGAAAUGUGAUAUAACUGGGAUCCGACAUUUUUUUACUAAACUAUCGAUAUCAUUUAUUCUAAAUUGCAUAAAGCUAUUUGCAGACCAUAUUAUUUAAGAGAACAGUGUAAGCCAUUUGUUUCACAAUGUUCUGAAAAAUUUGACUUGACUGUGUUUUACUGCCCAAAAUUCCAUUUCCUUAAGUUAAAUAUCUUAUUACACUUCUUUUAGCUAUUAUUUAUUAAUAUUAGAGCAGAUUUGGCAUCACAAAAUUUUUCCAUUUUCAAAAAGCAUUUUAAAUGACGUAGUCAGAUGAAAUUGGGACCUGUUUUUGUAAGACAAAAUAGAGUAGCACAGAAGGCAAAGUUACUGGCAAUGCCAAGUCAAAAUCUAGGAUGAUUUCUAUACAUGUGUGAAAGUUGGGCAGAUGAAGAUUGAUCAAAGUUUUAUUUAUGAUUUUUGUUCUUAAACCUGAUUAAUUCACUAAAUGUUAAAAUUUACUUAUGUUCUUAAAUUUUUGAAAUCCAAUAAUGGUAGAUCUUUACAGUUCUCCCAUUAUUUUAAUAUAUGCUUAGUUACAUUCAACAAGUUUGUUCAAACUGGGAACUAGACUGUCUCCAAAUAAUGACUAAUUUAUUCUUCAAAAUAUAGCUUUCUUUUUACAUUAAAUCGGUAUUAUUUAUUUCUGGACUUAGAUAUCCAAUUUAUCAUUCAAAUAAAAAUGAAGCAGUUUUAUUCUCAUAGCUGCUUUAUGUAAAAAAGAAAAGAUUAACUCAAGAACCUGGCUUUGUCCCACACAAAAUUGCUAUUUUAAGUUGUUUCCAAAUAGGGUGUAAUCGGUCAUUUAAAUAAUUGAAUUGAACUGAACCAAAUUUUAAGCCCAAAAUUGGUAAAACUGAAUUAUAUUUAUUAGUUGACUUUGUCAGUAUUACCGUACUUGUUAAUCAAAACAUGCUUUCAAGAUUGAUAUCUACAUUCUUAGCUCACUAUUUAGAGAUCGCUCAAUUUUUUAAAAAUUUGUUUCCUGUUUAUAUAUAAAAACAUAAAAUGUUGUGUAAAAAAUUUAUUUUGAAGGCAAAAUGACUUUGUUAUAUCUUAGAAGAGUUGAGGUUUCUUUUUAUUGUCUAUUUUCUUAUAUUUUUUAAGGAAUUACCUUUCUUAAAUAAGUUUUUAAAAUUUUCGAUUUGCACUUAAUAUUUAAAUGUCCUGUUAGUGUUAAUUUUAAAAACGGAAGUGUUAGAUGUGCAAUUUCAUUAAAAUUAAGACUAUGUGCAAUACAGCCUAAAGUCGUUUUUUUAAAAAAAUAAUAAUAAUAAAGAAAAAAAAAAUGGAUGUUUGAGAUAUAUUUUUAGGAACACUUUUAAGGUGAACAAAAAUCUUAUUUUAUUGCUGGUGCUGUAAAAAUUAAAUCCCUCAAAUAAUUUCAGAAGGGACAGAAAUGUAAAAAUUAAAAACUAAAAUAUACUGUAUAUUUUCAUAUCCGAUGGACCUUCCGCACAUUUGUGCAUGUACCCGAUAUGCUUCUAUUUAAUCCAAUUAAGGGUGCGAUUAGGAAAAAAAUAAAUUAUUAUUUAGAAUGAUGAGCGCUGCGCUUAUGUGCCAUAAAACUUCACAAAGUGCACAUCUUAGUAUAUCACUCCUUCCCAAAGUAGUCUUGUACGGAGUGGUAGUUUUUGCUUUAAAAAACAAUUAGUAGUUUCUUUAAUUGCUGUAAACUUUUUUAAAGUAAUAACUUGGAAUAUCCUUAAUGCAUUUAAAUAUUUGUUUAUGAAAUAAUUUCUGUUCUUCCAAAUGUGAAAUGUCGGUCAAUAAUACCAAAGUAUGCCUUAUUAGUAUCUCUUUUUUUCCCUCAAUAACUUAAAAAUCUAAUUCUGUUAAUACAUUUUUGCAUUGAUAAUUGCAAUAGAAUUCUUGUGUGCAAACUAACUGUUCUAAUGUGUCAUUUACUUAACUUAAUGAAAUGUGUCGUAAAUGACCUAUUUUUAUGACUAAAAAAAGUAAAAAAUUGAAUGUUGAUAGCAAAUAUUUUUCAUAAUCUUAAAAACUGUAAAUAGCUGUCUCUAUUCAUUAAUAAGAUUAUUAUAGUCUAGUAUUAAAAUUUUAUGAUUCAUCAGCAUAUUUGUUCUGAUUAAUUUGCUGUUUUUCUAUUUUUGAAUAUGGUAUUGAACUAUUUUAGUGUAAAAUGCUUUUUAAGUACGUUGUUUUAUAUACCAAGAGUAGCAUUUCUUUUAUAUAUUCUGUCCAGUUGUGGAGGUAGAAUUAAGUUAAGAGGAAGCCUUGAAUCUACUAUUUUAUUUAUUGUAGAAGUAUUAUGUUAAAUUUGAUGUAAUCUUCCUUCCUAUUAAAUAUUUCAAUACUACACGAAUUAUGAACCUAGAGUACAUACCAACAAACAUUUUCUUUUUAUACUUUUAUUUAUUGUAAAUAUUUUAAAACAUGUCUGAUGAAUUGCCCUUUUAGGUUGCAUACAUGUUUGUGUUAAAUAGCUUAAAAUUAAUCUAGGUAAAUUGCCGUGCCAAUUUAUUUAUCUCAUUAAAAUUAUUAAAUAUAUGCGUUAAAUUAUUUUAGAAGAAUUUAUCAGCACUGUAAUGUAGUUUAAAAUGCUUCGAUAAAUUUCAUUUACAAAAUAUAAUAAAUUUGUUGCUUUUAAAACUUAUCAUUUAUGACAAAUAUUGCAAUGUAUAUUUAAUGCCACAUUUUUUUAGAAUGUUCUAGUUAAAUAUCUAGUCCUUAUUGCUUUUACUCAGGAUGCACCCUUGUUUUAUUAUUGCCAAUUAUGUUUAUCAUCCAAAACAGAUAUAAUAUAAAACUUUGUUUACUUGCCAGAUAAUGAUUGGUAUAAUUGAAACUAUUCAAAACAAUCUAUAUAUUCAUUUAAUUGACUGAAUUAAAAACUUAAAACUACAUUGAUAAAUUUUCAACUGAGUGUAAUUAUAAUCUAAGUGUAAACAUUUUAAUGAGACUAUGCAAGACUACCAUUGUGCAAGAAGUCUUGCAUUGCCGAAUUAUGAUCCCCAUGCAAAUGCUUGUUUUAAAAACUUUUCUAUUUUUAUUAAUUUUUUUUUUAAUGCCAUGAACGAUUCAAUAAGUUUUAUCAUAAAUCAGAACCUUACUUCUUUCUAGUCUAGAAUUAAUAGUGAAAACUUAUAUUUACUAAUGUUUGUAACUAUGAGGCAAUUUUAGUAAUAUUCCAUAAGUAUCACAAGUAAAUUCCAUAAGUAUUACUUACAAAUCAUCUUAAAUUUUUGUUAUAAAAAAUUUAACUUUUUAUUCUUAUUUAACGUGUUUUAUUAUUAAUUUUUCAAUUUUCAUACUGACAUUGUCACGCCAGACAUUUAAUAAAAUUUUUUGAUAAUUAUUUUUAACUUAAGUAAAUAUCUUUUUUUUUUUUAAAUAUUUUUGUAUAUACUUAUACUUAUUUUAUUUGUAUACUUAAUAACUGAUUGUUGAUUUUAAAAGUUAAUUUUUAUUAUACUUUCCAAUGCCUCAAAUUUAUUCUUUUGGUCAAUUUCUAAAGGAUAAAAAUUAAGUUUUUUUCAUACCAUGCUUAGCAUAGCACUUUGAGCUGAACUAAACUAUGCAAUAAUGUUAAAUAUUAAUUUGUAACAGAGGCUCAGAAUUUUAAGACUCAAAUUAAGCAGCACAGCAUAUUACAUUUGUGCUUAUAUUGUACAUUGAAAUUUGUCAUUUGCUAAGCAAUAUUAAUAUAAGUGUUAUUUAAAUAAACUCGCACAUUAUGAAACUGUUUUAUGUAUAGCUUAUAUUUUUUAGGAAGUUGUAUAUAAAUAUUUGAAUUAAAAUUGGUUAUCCAAUAUUUUUUAUGGCUGUUUUCCUCGUAUGUGAAAUUCUCCUCCAGCUGAGCAUGGUUUUAUUUCGUUCCUUUGUAGAUUUCUUGUUUUAAUUGAAAUGUAUUUAUUUUUGUUUAUUAGAAAUGCGCAAUUGAAUGGAUGAAACUGUGCCAAGAUGUGUAAAAGUUUUAAUAUUUUAAUAACGUACUAAGUUGCUGUAUUCUUUAUCUAUAUAGUAAUAAAUUUAUGUUAAUAAAUGUAAAAAUCUCAAUGUG